AUGGAUGAAACAAUUGUGAUAAGCGAUCCAGAUGUAGUUCGUGAUGAAGUCCAUCAACCAUUAUUCAAUGAAACAGAAAUUGGUUUUGUUCAUCGAAAUGGAGAUGAACAAAAGUCGGAAACAAUUGGUGAACUGGUUCAAUAUAAAAAACCGAAAGAAAAUCAACAAUUCAUUGGUUUAACAAAAGAAGAAUUACAAGAAUAUCUCAACAAUCCUAAAUGGAAACGUAUUCGUUGGACUAUUGCGUGUUUAUACAUUCUAUUAGUCGUAUCACUUUUAAUUGGAUCCAUUGUUUUAAUUGUCAUUUCAUCACGUUGUCCAUCGAAACCACAUUUGAAUUGGUAUGAAAAAGAAAUUAUCUAUGAAAUCGAUGUUCCAUCAUUUUACGAUUCGAAUGAUGAUGGAAUUGGAGAUAUUAAAGGUGUCAAAGAAAAACUGAAAUAUUUUCAAGAAAAUCGAAUAAAAUCUCUUCUUUUUCAAUCAACAAUCUUUUCUCCGAAAACAAAUUUCAUGUCAUUAGAUUCAUCAGUUGGAAAUGAAAGUGAUUUACAAGAUUUUAUGAAAACUCUGUACAAGAAAGAUAUGCAUUUACUUGUUGAUUUACCAUUGGCGUCAACUUGGGGUACAAAUGAUCAUCUCUGGUUUAAUUCCACUGCUCGUUAUGAUCCGAGUGCAAAUCAUCCGUGUUCAAGAGAUGAACAUAGUUUUGGAUGUCGUUUUCGUCACAUCUAUCGGCAACUACCGCUUGAUUUCAGCAAUGACGAUAUUUAUCGCGAAUCUGAAUCUCGUAUAAAAUAUUGGUUGAUGACGCAAAAAGCUGAUGGAAUUCGUGUGAAUCUUCCAUUGGAAUAUAUUCCAUCAGCCCAGUCGUAUGAAAUAUCUUACAAUACAAUUCACAAAUGGAAUAAACUUAAAAAUGAUAUUGAAAAAAAGACAAAAGCAAAAGUAAUUCUUUAUGAUGUUCCUUUUGGUUUGCAAAAUUUAAUAGAUAACGAAGAGUUACACAAUAAAAUCGCAUAUUCAUUGCAUUUUUCACAUCAUGCUCAGGAAUUCCGUUCGAAAAUUUCAUCAUUUGAAGACAAACGUUUAUCCAAACCAAAAUUUUGGCAGUUGGGAUCCAAACGACGAGAUGAUCAUGCACAAACUUCGAAUCAAUAUUCAUUAGCAAAGGAAACGAUAUUGACUACAACAAUGUUAAUAGGUGGAACACCGAUCGUUCUUUAUGGAGAAGAAAUCGGUCUUGAUCAAACGUCUCAUCCAUUGAUGUCAUGGUCACCUGAUGGACCGAGUGGAGGCUUUUCAAAGUGUUCAACAGCUGAUUGUCAACAUCGCUUUUCGCAUUAUCAAAUUAAUCCACCGAGAACAAGUGUGAAACGACAAGAAGCGUUGGGUGGCGAAUCAAAAGAUUCAUUAUUGAUACUAUUUCGUCAGUUGUCACAAUUACGUUUAAAUCCGUCAUUUCAACAUGGAUUGGUACAAACAGGUUGUCAGCAACAAUCGGGUUUAUUCUGGUUUAUCCGUGAAGCACCUGGUCAUCGUGGAUUUGUUGUUUUAGUAAAUCUAAAUCCAAGUUCAUAUGACUCCGCACAUAUUUCGUUAUAUUCAUUAACAAAAGAACAAGUUCCUUUACAUAUUCAUAAUGAAUAUCAGUGGCCAAACUAUACUCUUCAAAAGUCUCAUGAAAUUCAUAUUAAUUCCGAUAAUCUAUUAAUUAAAUCUCAAUCGAUUAAUAUAUUUUCAUGGACACCGAAAAUGGUGAAACCCGACGUGUUAUAUCAACAUGCAAAUCAACAUUCACAGUACUGUUAA